AUGCCAUUCCUAGGGCAUCCGCUAUCCUCAACUCUAGUAUAUAUUUGGUCGAGAAGGAAUCCCGAUACUCAACUAAGUUUCCUUGGUUUACUGGUCUUCACAGCUCCAUAUUUACCUUGGGUCUUGAUGGGAUUCAGUUUAGUAUUACAUGGGACGAUUCCAAAAGAUGAAAUGAUGGGAGUUGUCAUUGGCCACAUCUGGUACUUCUUCUCGGACGUCUAUCCACCUCUACACAACGGACAACGUCCCUUUGAUCCGCCAAUGUUCUGGAGAAGAUUAUUCGAGAGACAGCCAAGGCAGGAAACAGCGGAUGCAAUCAACAACGAUAUCGCAAUGGCGGCCGCACCAGCACCGGAAGUAAGAUAA